AAUCGGCGCCUCACUGCUCGCCGUCACCUAUGCCUACUCAUUCAAUCGGCGUCUGUACUCAGCCACCACUGCCGAUUUCUUUAUUAACGCUGACCUCGGAUCUGAAUCGAAAUUCUCAGAUCUAAUGGAGAUGGACAAGAAAGAAGAAGAGUUGAAGAUGGACUGGGCAUUGGACCGGGAAUUGAAGAAGAAGAAGAGGAGAUUGGACCGCCCUUUUACCUCUGACCACUACCACCGCCUCACCGGGUCAAAAUCCGGCCUACCAGGUGCUGCCACGUGGCGCAACAUUGCUGGCCGGCCAAUUGUAGCAGCAAAAUGUAGCAAGUGGUGGGGAGCCGUCAAUUCACUAUUGUCAAAUGAUUAUGACCAACAAGGGCCAAUGUACGAUGACCAGCUAGAUCCACUUAUUGAAGAGAUUUUGUGGACUGAGGAAAGAAUACUUUAUCUUGACCUAGCAUUAGUAAUGGAGUGUUCAUUAUUUGAACCACCCUAUUGCCGUGAUUACUCUCUGACUCGUGAAGAGCAAAUCGAAGCAAACAGAGAUGCAAUCCAGGCGAGAGAACGAUUUCUCAAAAUAGUCCAAGAAGAACGCCAACUGCUCCAAACCCAGAAAGAUAACGAACAACGCGAAUAUUGGGAGCAUAUGCAAAAGAUGCUGGAGGACUUUAAGAAGGCUAUGGAACAACAAGAAGAGAUGGAGGAAAUUGUUGUUCUAGAAGAGGAUGAAGAAUCUGAGACAGAAUCUGAAACUGAAUCCAACAAUGUCUCAAUUCUUGAAUACCCACAAACUCCAUCACCACUGUAUAUCGAAAACAAGAUAGCACUUGCAGAAAUGAUUGCAAGAGAGGAACCUGUUCUCGAGAAAUCCGAGCCCACCACCGACCCCCUUGAUUCCGAUACUGACGAGUCUGACGAAUCUAUAGACGAAAAAAUACCUUGUGAUGCUGAACCCAUUCCGUCUAUAGAAACUAUCACUGAAGACUCAGGGGAAGGACAUGUUGUAAUCAUCGAGCCAGCAACUGAAAGUCAGCCCAUUGAAGACUUAGAAAGUCAGAUCCUGGCACUAAAGGCUAAUGAUGUGGAUACACCGAGGAGACUCCCACCACCACCCAUCCAAGAUGAGUCUCCUCCAUUUUUCCUGUUGCCACCAAGCCGCAGGAAUGAGUCAAAGAUCCUGGACUUUGACUGGAAAAGAACAGAACAAAGGUGGCAUCAGAGGAGAGUCAAAAAGGUCAAACUUUAUGACUCUCGGAUCGGUGGAGCUUGGAAUUAGGAGUGCCGGUGAACCAUUUUGACUCAAUAAAAAUGACUAACUUUUGUGCACAAUAUUUUUGUAAAAACAUUUUCCAAAGAAAACUUGAGAAUUGUC